AUGGGCUCUUACGGUCAAGCAGACGUCGACAGCCAGCGCCAGAACAACGACCCGCUGAACCUCACCGAGUACGUUAUGCCUGCCGACGGCCGCAAUAACCCGCGCCUCGACGCCCUGCUGCAGGCCGCCCAAUCGCCCUCGAACAUGUCCAACUCCGGCUCAUCCAUGAUGUCCGCCAUGCCCGAUUACAACGCCAUCGGCCUGCACGGCUCCUUCAACGCGAACCACGCCCAAGGCAAUCAGUUGAUAGCCGCGAUGCCCGACACCGGCGCCUCUGAGGCCCAGAACGCGCGGCGCCCCCAGCACAAACUGAGUGUGAGCAGCAUGGGCGGAAUUCCGACCAAUGGCGGCAUGGCGAGCGGCGCGAGCGCCGACGGCAUGGACACGGAUACCAGCCCACAAAGCGCCUUCGGUUUGGCUGCCGCUGGCUUUGGCGAUGAUUUCGGUCGCGACGACGGCUCGACCACGGCUGAGAAGGAGAACCGAGCCGACGAUGCUUCCAAGGCCAAGAAAAUCGAUCCCGACCAGCCUCCGCCGUGGGCCGAAAUGAAGACGAAGGCUGGGAAGGAGCGGAAAAGGUUACCGUUGGCUUGCAUUGCUUGUCGCCGGAAGAAGAUCCGCUGCUCGGGAGAGAAACCGGCGUGCAAGCAUUGUUUGCGUUCUCGUAUUCCGUGCGUCUACAAGGUCACGACUCGCAAAGCAGCCCCCAGAACAGAUUAUAUGGCCAUGCUGGACAAGCGCUUGAAAAGAAUGGAGGAACGUGUCAUCAAGCUCAUUCCAAAAGAAAGCUUGGGCACCCUUAACACCGUUCCAAGGGCCGUCGUCAAGCCCCCGCUUCCCGGAACCACUCCCAAGGCCGGCGCAUUGGCCAAGAAACGCCCCGCAGAAGAAGCAUUCGGAGCAGAGCUGGACGAAUGGUCAAAAUCCAAGGCGACCAAUCCACACGAACACCGAACUUCGCAGCCGCCCCGAAAUGUAGACCCUGAAAAUAGCCUGUUGACUGAGGGCCUCGAGAGUCUUCCCCCGAAAGAGAUCCAAGAGCAUCUCGCAGAAGUCUACUUUGACUAUUGCUAUGGCCAGAGCUACCCCUUACUCCACAAGCCCAGCUUCAUGCGAAGAUUAUUAGCAGGCCAGGUGCCGCCUGUCUUGAUCCUCGCUGUUUGCGCCAUUUCCGCGCGCUUCUCAACACAUCCCCAAAUCAAAACAGAACCUGCUUUCCUGAGAGGCGAAAACUGGGCUGCCAAAGCCCGAGACAUUGCAUUAAAAAGAUACGAUACCCCGAACAUUACGAUACUCAUUACCUAUUUACUGCUGGGCCUGCAUGAAUUUGGAACAUGUCAGGGUGGACGGAGUUGGAUGUUUGGAGGCAUGGCGCAGAGAAUGGCAUACGCUCUGCAACUGCACAAAGAUCUGGACCAUGAUCCACUCGGGAAGGAAAAUGGCGACAGGGCAGAGCUCAGCUUCACUGACAGGGAAAUAAGGCGGCGGACCAUGUGGUCUUGCUUCCUCAUGGACCGUUUCAACUCGUCGGGUACCGACCGUCCGCUUUUCGUCAGUGGCCAGUUCAUCAAAGUUCAGUUACCAAUCCGAGAGCACUAUUUCCAGAUGGAGAUACCCGGCCCCACCGAAGACCUCGAAGGCUACGUCAGAAAUCCCGUGCCAGACGAUGCCGGGCAGUUGGCAGAUGCAAAGGAGAACAUGGGUGUUGUAGCAUACCUUGUUCGUGCUGUUGCCAUCUGGGGCCGUCUGAUCAUGUUCAACAAUCUGGGCGGCAAGGAACAAGAGAGAGUACCUAUCUGGUCGCCACAGUCCACCUUCCAGGAACUGAAAAAGGCAGCAUACGAAUUCAAGGCAGCUCUGCCUGAGAGGCUAGCUUACACACAGGAGAACCUGCAGAAUCACGUCACGGAAAAAACUGCGAACCAAUUCAUCUUUCUACACAUCGUUUACCACCAAAUCAUCCUCUUUCUCAACCGCUUCGCCCUGCCAUCUCAUGCUGGCAGCCGGCCUCCUCAAGACAUGCCGCACCAAUUUCUCACAGAAGCUGCCCACGUCGCCCUUGAGGCCGCUAACCAGAUUUCCAUUCUUGUCAACGAGGCCAUGAAUUACAACGUCGUUGUCCCCUUCGCUGGAUACUGCGCUUUCUUGUCAAGUACGGUCCACAUCCGCGGCGUUUUCUCCAAGAACCCGAAGUUGGAAAUGGUUUCGAAACGAUACCUCGCCUACAAUGUCAAGUUCUUGAGCAAGAUGAAGAAGUACUGGGGCAUGUUCCACUUCGUCGCCGAAAACCUGAAGGACCUGUACCGCCAACACGCAGACGCCGCGCUUCGUGGACCCGCAGCCGUCAACGGUCGGCAACCCAGCAUUUUCCAGUACGGAGAUUGGUUCGACCGAUACCCUCACGGCGUGUCUCGUACGGACUACGAAGAUCCGGCUGCCGAUGUCAAGAAGGAAGCCGGCACGGAUGCCGUUCUGGGCCAGAAAUCCGACUUGCAAAGCGUCGAGGAGUUCUUCGCCAGCCUCUCGCCAGCUUCCAAGACGGCAGAGCAGGCUAAGCGAGGCAACAAGAAGACGAAACAAGACAAGUCAAAGGCAGGGGCCGCCGCCGCAGCAGCAGCAGCGUCGACAACAUCCCCCAGCGCCCAAGGUAACAACAGCAACAACCAACAGCUCCAGACCACCUCCUCGCCCAUGGACCACCAGCAGCACAUGCAGCUACCGCAGAACCUCGACUCCACAUCGUUCGACCCCGCUGCCGCAGCGGCCUUCCUGCAGCAGAACCCACAGCACGCAUACGACUUCCUCGGCAACGGCAACGGCGGCAGUGGAUCCGACUUCUCGAACCUCAACCACCCCAUGUCGGCGCUCGACCGGCAGAUGGUGCUGCAGAGCUACGCCACCUUCAUGGACCGCAACGAGCCGUUCGCGCUCGACGUCAAUGCCUUCAACGCGUCCUUGUCAACACCUGGCAGUAACGGCCAACAGGGCCAGCAGCAGCAUCAACAAGGCGGUGCUGCCGCCACCCAUCCUGGCGCCUCCCCAGGCUUCUUCGCCGACCCCAGCGCCGCGUGGUUCAUGCCCUUCAACAUGGACCCGCCGACGGCGCUGGGCGACGACUCGGGCAUGUUUGGCGGGCCGCAGGGCUACAACUUUGCGUUCGACGGCGGCUCUGUCGUCGGCGCGGAUUUUGGGGGCGGGAUGGAUGGGUUGGGCCCGUUGACGGGUGGGGAUGGGAGCCAGGGGGGUGGUAGUGGUGGUGGGCAUUGA